CUUGUGUACGACAAAAAAAUAGUAUUGUUAAUAAUCAUUUAAAAGUAGUGAGAUAAAUUUGAAAGGAUAUUCAACUAAAGUUUGCUUGACAGAGGAAAUUUUAGGUACAUUGUAAGAACAAAAAUAUACAUUGUUGUUUCUCUUUCUACUUGAGCGACAAAACUUCAUGACAAGUCUUCAUAGUUUUGUUACUGGACAUAACACAGAAGAAAGAGAGAUGCGAACCAUAUCGAAGGGUUUGAUUGUUUGUUUGAUGGCUUUUGUUUUGUUUUUAUUUUAUUUUGCCAAUUUUCAAAGUACAAGGAAUUACGACUCAAACGAAAAAAACCAGCAGUUAUAUAAUUUCGAUUUGAUUGAUAAAGCAAAUAGAAACAGUUUAUCUCGCUUGCAUACAAAAGAAGAAACAAACAUGGAUUUAAAUGCUAUAAUAAAAGGUAAAGGAAGUUAUAAACUGGUACACCCUAAAGGAGCAAAUCAAGACGUGAUAAGCUGGUCACAAUAUGGACAGGACCAGGUCAUUGAUAAAUUGCUGAAGAAAAAGAAAAAUGGAUUUUUUGUAGAAAUUGGAGGUUAUGAUGGCGAACAUUUGUCCAAUACUUUGUUUUUUGAAAAAGUUCGAAAUUGGAAUGGCUUGCUUGUCGAAGCCAGUCCUUUCCUGUAUGAUAUAAUGUUGAAGAAAGACCGGAAGUGUUAUAUGGUGAAUGCAUGUGUAAGCAAAAGUCUGCCAGCAAUGACAUUUAUGUUAGCUGGUGCUAUUACAAGUGCAAAGGAAACACUAACAGAUAUGCAUCGUAAACGCAUAGAGAGGGAGAGAAUUCAAUAUGCAAAAGAAGCGCACUGGGCUCACGUCAACGAUACCGUUAAAGUUAAUUGUUUUCCAUUGCUUACAAUAAUGAGUACAAUAGGGCACAAGGAUAUCGAUUACUUUUCUCUAGAUGUAGAAGGUGCAGAAAUGCACAUCUUAAAUUCAAUUGAAUGGGAUGAUCUAAAUAUAGACGUCUUUACGAUAGAAACAGAUCAACAUCGUAAUGAAAUACUCUCUUUUAUGAAACAAAAAGGAUAUAAAUGGAUACAAAAACUAUUAGGUGAUGACAUUUUUCAAAAAGUUAGGUAAUGUUUUUAAUACAAGAUAAAAUCAACAAAUCAUA